AACCAGGGAGCUUGUUUUCCUCUUUUCUGUUCAGCUUCCGCGGAGAUGAGAAGCUCUUCUACAAAGGCAGCCGGCAUAAUUUCUGGCACCUUUUUUUUUUUCAGUUAACCCUUAAUUAUGGUCACAAAUACAUAACAUUAAAUUUACCAUAUUAAACAUUUUUAAGCAUACAGUUCAGUAGUGUUAAGUAUUUCACAUUGUUGUAUAGCCGAUCUCUAGAACUUUUUCAUCUUGCAGAAUUGAAAUUCUAUUCCCGUUAAACACUAAUUCCUCCUUUCCCCUCCCUGCAGCCCUUGGCAACAACCUUUCUACUUUCUGUUUCUAAUUUUGACUACUUUAGAUAACCUCAUAUGAGUGGAAUCAUUACAGUAUUUGUCGUUUUAUCACUGGCUGAUUUCACUUAGUAUAAUGUCCUCGAUGUUAACCCAUAUUGUAGCAUGUGACAGGAUCUCCUUUUAAAGGCUGAAUAAUGUUCCAUUGUAUAUAUGUACCACAUUUUCUUUAUCCAUUCAUCUGUCAGACAUUUGGGUUGCUUCCACCUCUUGGUUAUCGUGGAUAAUGCUCAGUGAACAUGGGUGUGCAAAUAUCUCUUCAAGAUCCUGCUUCGAAUUCUCUCAGAUAAAUACCCAGAAGUGAGAUUAAUGGAUCAUAUGGUAAUUCUAUGAUACUGUUAACUAGCUCCAUUUUAUAGAUCAGGAAAUAGAAGUGAAGUAACUUUCCCAGAUGAGAAAACUCAAGACCCAGAGGGGGUAAUGAUUUUCAGGACGUCAUACAAUGUUUAGUGCAAGAGUUUAGACUUUAAUUCAGAUCAUCCAUUUAGUAACUUACUGUGAACAAAAUAGGGUUGUUAAUUUUCACUCCUCAGGCUGCACCUCCUUCAGGCUUUCCCAUCUCAGUAAGUGCCACUGUCAUUCACCAGUUGCUUGAGCCAUGUAUUCAGGGGUCAAUGUCCAUUUUUUACUUUACCCCCACAUGUAGUCCAUUUCUAAUCCUAUUCAUUUUACUUCCAAAAUAUGUAUUAAAUAAGUCUUUUCUCAACCUGCAGUACCACACCCUGGUUUAUCAUCCUUUGCCUGAACUAUUUUAGUAACCCUGUACUUAUUACAUUGCUUCCACUUUUUUUUUUCAUUGCUUCCACUUUUGAUCGUCUUUCUCUUCUCACACAACAGCUAGUAGUCUUUUUUAAAAAAUUGUUUUAGUAUUAAAAAUAUUCAAACAUAAAGAAAGUGGGGGCUUCCCUGGUGGCGCAGUGGUUGAGAGUCUGCCUGCCGAUGCAGGGGACACGGGUUCGUGCCCCGGUCCGGGAAGAUCCCGCGUGCCGCGGAGUGGCUGGGCCUGUGAACCAUGGCCUCUGAGCCUGCGCGUCCGGAGCCUGUGCUCCGCAACGGGAGGGGCCAUACAGUGGGAGGCCCGCAUACCGCAAAAAAAAAAAAAAAAAAACACAUAAAGAAAGUGGAGACUAAUAUAACGAACACUCCAUUUCUGUCAUCCAGAUUUCAGUUUCUGUCAUUUUGCCAUAUUUGCUUUCUCUUUUUUCUUUUGCUGUUUUUAAAGACAGUUUCAGGGACUUCCCUGGCAGUCCGGUGGUUAAGAUUCCGCGCUUGCACUUCAGGGGGUGCGGGUUUGACCCCUGGUUGGGGAACUAAGCUCCCACAUGCCUUGCAGCCAAAAAAUUUUUUUAAAAAAACGACAGUUUCAGAUAUAACAUUUUACCCCAAAACAUUUUCAGUAUGCAUCUCUAAAAAAUAAAAAACAAGGGUAUUUUCCUUCAUAACCCCAAUACCAUCAUUAUUAUCUAAAAAAUUAAUAAUGUAUUUUUAAUAUCAUCUAAUAUCUAGUCCAUAUUCAAAAGUUUCCCCCUAUCUUGCCCUCAAAAUGUGUUUUGAAUCCAGGAUAUAAUCAUGUUUCAUGCAUUACAUUUGAUAACUGUGUCUCUUAAGCCUCUUUUAACUUGGACCAGUCUCCCCCCAUUCCCACUUUUUUUCCCAUGACCACGUCUUGUUGAAGAGUCUAUACCAGUUUUCCUGGAAUGAUCUUUUUAAAAUGUAAAUCCAGUCAUCUCUUUCCCUGUUGUGUGGAGAAUAAAAUGUGGAGCUAAUGGCUUCCCAAUGGCCUUAGAAUAGAAUACAGCCUUUAGCAUGAGCUGUACAUAAGACCUGUGUGCUUUGGCCCAUCCCAAAUCCUCAGUUCAUUAGCAUCUUCCCUCUUGCUUACCACACUUCAGCCACACUGAUAUCCCUUCAUUUCUUUGAAUUCCCCAGGCCCUUUCCUGGGUCUUUGCAUUGUUUCCUCUGCCCUUAUACUUUGUUCCAGCCCUUCAAAUAGCCAUUUUAUUUUUAUCCCUUAGUCCUCAGCUCAGUUGUCCUUCCCUUUGACCGACCUUCUCUGACUACUCCAAGCCCUCAGAGAGGUCUCCUCUUCUCCCCCCCCAAUCAGUUCCUGUCUCCCAUCUCCCUUUUAUUUCCCUGUAUUUCUGUUUAAUUGUUUACUUAUUCAUUUUUUGUUUCCCCCACUAAACUGUAAUCUCUGUGAGGGCUGGACCCCCUACUUCCUAGCAUGAUGCCUGGCACAGUAUUCAGAAGUGUUUUAGAUCACAGCUUGGAAAGCCUCAUCCACCGCCUUCGUGGUUUGUGUGACAACAUGGAACCUGAGACUUUCCUUGACCAUGAGAUGGUAUUCCUCCUUAAGGGCCAGCAGGCCAGUCCGUUUGUUCUAAGGGCUCGACGCUCCAUGGAUAGGGCAGGGGCACCCUGGCAUCUGCGCUACCUGGGACAGCCAGAAAUGGGAGACAAGAACCGCCAUGCCCUGGUGCGUAACUGCGUGGACAUUGCAACAUCUGAGAACCUUACUGACUUCCUGAUGGAAAUGGGUUUCCGCAUGGACCAUGAGUUUGUUGCCAGGGGACACCUGUUCCGUAAGGGCAUCAUGAAGAUCGUGGUGUACAAGAUCUUCCGCAUCUUGACACCAGGGAACACAGACAACACUGAGGCCUUGUCACUCUCCUACCUUGUGGAACUAAGUGUUGUUGCACCAGCUGGGCAGGAUGUGGUGUCUGAUGACAUGAGGAACUUUGCAGAGCAGCUGAAACCUCUGGUUCACCUAGAGAAAAUAGACCCCAAAAGGCUCAUGUGACAAGGCAGUCUGUCCACCACUGGGGCUUGUCCUCAGCUGUUACAAAAAAAGAAGAUGUUAUAAUUGCCCUAUUUCACCACUGCUAGCCAGGCAUUCUUCCCUCAGGAAGGAGGACAAUGAGAACUUAGUUGGUUCUUUGCACUGUUUUCCUCAUAUGGCCAGUUCACUUUUGUGACAGUCUUUCUAAAUUAAAGGCUAAGGAUGACAUGGAGAAUCUAGAUAAUCCCUCUGCAUAAAGAGGGGAAACUGGAAUAAAAUAGCUUUGGGGAAUAAAAAUCUUUUAAUUGUUUUGCCAUUUGUGUGUAAGGUUUGUAAAACAGAGACUGAGUUUGUAUUGUGCAGUAAUAAAGGCUAUAAAGAGAAA